AUGGAGGAAUCGGCAAACACAUCGUCGCCGGAUGACCCGGACCCGAAUCCCAUGCCGGAGACGGCCACCGGACAGCAGACCUUGGCAGGUGGGGAAGGUUCGUCGAGCACCGAAGCGCAGGAAGCAAAAUUUGCAGCCGAGAAGAAGGAGAAGGCGAGAGUACGGUUCAACAGCAACGCGGCGGUGACGGUGCCGCCUCCUGCCUUGACGCCGGCGGCUGGCCCUCCUCCAGAGCGCCCAAUGUCUCCUGCGCCCAAGCCUGCUACGAAACCGAGGCCGUCGGCUCUGCGCAGUAGCUCUGCCAAUGCCGUACCUACCGUCCGGUCCCCGUUUGGCCAUGAGCCCGACAGUCCCUCAUACGCGGCUGCCCAGGAGCGAGCUCGUGAAAUUGCCGCCCAGGUGCGCGCCGAGUCACCGUGGGACUCGAGGGCGUCGGUUGGGUCCAGUAUCCGGACCGGGGACAGCGAUUCUGAGUUUACGGGCGAUGACAUACCGCUGAAACAGCUACAUGCCCGCCCAGGUUCUAGGCAGGAUUCUCCCGACUCCCAGACCCAUCAUACUCAGACCCAGUCGCACGAGCCGUCCGAGAUCAACGAGGCCCAGAAGAUCGUGCAGGCGCACUCCCAAAGAUUCGCGGGCAAUGGGCAGAGUCCGCUCCCAAUACACAAGGCCACGCCGGAAGAUCACGAUAACCGCGGGCCAAGCGAGGUCAACGACGGCUUCAUGGAUGACAUGUACCACGUCCCACCGCCGGAUCACUACCGUGGCAGCAUUCUCUCGCAACUCCUGAGGCUCUACAAGCAGCCGCAAGACAUUCGUGGCGAGCAUCACCAGAGCCGGGCCUCUCUCUUGCCGCUGAUGGGCGAGAGAUCAGGCGGAGAGUCUCGGCCAGAGUCGGGAACGGCUACACCGAGCCGGAGGAAGUGGUAUGACAAGAACCACUCCCAAGAGACGCUGGCCAACCUGGUCGAGGCGUCGACGCGGCUUGCCAACCCCAACAGCAGCAGACCGGCGGACACCUCACCAAGGUCCAGAUCGCCUUUCCACCGACGAGCUGGUAGCAGCUCACGCAUGAGCCAGUACUGGAUGACUGAAGAGGCUCGCGUGACGGCGCGCAUCGCUGAGAUGCUGUCGCGGCAGGAUUAUCUCAUCAAGCUCUGUCGAGCAUUGAUGUUGUUUGGAGCGCCCACCCAUCGGCUGGAAGAGUAUCUCCGCAUGUCUGCUCGGGUCCUCGAAGUUGCUGGCCAGUUCCUGUAUCUCCCCGGCUGUAUGAUUGUCUCCUUUGACGACAAGACUCUGCAUACGACCGAGGUCCGGAUCGUUCGCACGGCGCAGGACAUCGACUUGGGGAAACUCAAGGAUGUCCACGAGGUCUACAAGGAGGUCAUGCACGACGUCAUCGACGUCGAGGAGGGUAUCCAGAAGCUGGAUGCCUUGCUGAACAAGAAGAACAAGUUCGGGCCUUGGGCGCGUGUCCUCGCUUUCGGCCUGACCAGUGCCACUUGCGGCCCCUUCUCCUUCAAGGCCCGCCUUAUCGAUCUCCCUCUCAUAUUUUGCUUUGGCUGUCUUGUGGGAACACUGCAGCUCAUCGUAUCGCCUCGGUCGGCCCUGUACAGCAACGUCUUUGAGGUCACGUCGACUAUCAUCGUCAGUUUCCUCGCCAGAGCAUUCGGCAGCAUCAAAGGGGGCAACCUGUUUUGCUUCUCGGCAUUAGCGCAAAGCGGUAUUGUCAUGCUGCUCCCUGGUUAUCUCGUCUUGUGCUCGGCUUUGGAGAUCCAAUCCCAUGCGAUAGUGCCGGGCUCCAUCCGCAUGGUCUACGCCGUCAUCUACUCUCUCCUCCUCGGAUUCGGCAUCAUGGUCGGCACCGCCCUCUACGGCAUCUUCGACGACUCUGCGACCUCGGCCACGACCUGCAAGAACCCCAUCCCGGCAUACUGGGGCUUCAUCUUUGUGCCCUUGUUCGCUGUGUGCAUCAGCAUCAUCUACCAGGCCAAGUGGCGCCAGAUGCCCGUCAUGGUCAUCAUGGCUUUCGCCGGGUACAUCGUCAACUACUUUAGCGGCAUCAAGUUCGUCGCGAGCCCCCAGAUCGCGCCGACGCUCGGCGCGCUCGCCGUGGGCCUGCUCGCGAAUCUCUGGUCGCGCAUCCGCCACGGCGUUGCGGCGGCGACGCUCAUCCCGGCCAUCUUCUGCCAGGUUCCCGGCGGUCUGGCGUCGACUGGAGGCCUAUUGAGUGGGCUGGCGACGGCGGACUCGCUGCGGAACUCUAGCGCUAGCUUGAAUGGGACGGACAGCCUCACGAGCACGAGCACUGCAGCAUCCAGUGCGCUCAACAACAUGGUGUUUGAUGUCGCUGCUCGCAUGAUUCAGAUUGCUAUUGGCAUCUCGGUUGGUCUUUUCAUUUCUGCAUUGCUUGUCUGGCCGCUCGGGAAACGGAGGAGCGGCCUGUUCAGCUUCUAG